UAUCAAAAUAUUAACGACCUUCACUAGGUGGACCUCGUUACCAGACAACAACAGCAAUAAGUUGUGAAAUUUUGUGCCUGCAUAAAUACAAGGAUACUUUACUGUUACAUUUAUCGUAAGUUUUUUUUUUCUCUUCAUAUCAUUAACAAUAAUACGACUAUCAAGUGUUCAUUAAAACACUAAUAAACGUGACCUAACAUAACACAGUCUAUUGCACAUCGAAUACCAAAAAAACAUUGAUACCAAAACAGAAUCAAACACGUGACAGUAAUAUGAAUAACGGUCAGUAAAUGUCAGAGGUAUUGAAAUAGAUUGAUUAAAUUAACCAAAACACCGAUGAAUACAAAAAUAAUCAUUAAUACGUCCAUGAUUUUUUUGUCAACAUUGUAUCCAAUGUAAGGUAUACCAGGAAGCAGCAACAUGAGCAAAGUAGACUCUCAACAUAAUCAACAUCAAUAGUUCCUUGCGACGCAAACCAGAUUUCAAAGUGCUCUACAAAAAUCUCGGAGUGAGAUCAAAAUGUUCAACGAGUUCCGACAUCUCCUGGUCGUUUCAUUUCCUAGCUCGCGACAUCAAAUACCAAAAACGACGUCAUUAGUUAGAUCUUCUUCGGCUCCAUCAAUUUCAUUGUCAUCGGAACAGCUGUAUGUCUCUUCAGUACCUGUGACUCCAUCUUCGCAGAAGGUCAGCAGAGGUAAUAAUGAAAACGUCAAAAUAAAUGAGUCCAGGGACGCUCAGGCGUUGUCUUCCACGCCAAGGAGUCGUAGAAAUUCUCAGGGCGAUUAUUUGAGGAACGAUAAUUCUGUUCAGGACUUAGAAUUCGAAAUACAAACGUUAUCGAAGGGUCGUGCUUCUUUAGGCGUCCCAAGGUCAUCACCUUCCGUAAACAAGGAAGACGACGAACUUUGGAAUGUAUUGGAUACCAUACGGAACAAAGGAACAAAUAUGCUGGCCCGAAUUAAUGUUGACAAUGUUGACGCAACAAGAACAGAAAGAAAAUACAUUGUUGAGGAAGAGGUUGACGUCACGAAACUUCAACGAGAAAAAGUAGAAAGUUUUAAUAGGAUUCAGAAAUUGGAAAAGGACGCUACGACGAGUCAUAAGCUUGUAAAAAAGUUAAAGAAGCAGUUUGACGAGCUUACGAAAAUCAGGAAUGAACUCCAGGAACAUCUUCUGGACGAGUCUGCCUCUAGAUUACAUAAAGCUGAACCUGCUUGUGAUUCUGCUUUUAUUGAACUCUUACCGACAGCCGGUAACAAUACAGAUUUACCCUGUGAAUCGAUUACUGUUGCUGCCAUCGUUUCAGAAAUAAUCGAUAGGAUUAAAUUUCGAAAUAAUACCACGGAUAAGACUGUCGCAACUCAAGUAGAGCCGGCAGACUUUCAACUUGGUCCAGAUGAAACGAGUGUCAAGAUACAAAGAGGACAAUUGGGUUUGCUUGACGAUGCAUUGGCUUUUCCAAAAGAGGUUAUUAAAGUGGAAGAUAUCGAUAGGGCAAAAAUAUUGACAAUCUUGGAGCAGCGGUCUCACGUGGUAUUGCAGAGACACCUUAUUAUCGCAAUCGUUCGCAAUCAGAUAUAUGAGAAGAAACUGGAUCAGAUUCAAACGAAUUAUAAUUAUCUUAUGACACGUUUCAACCACUUGUCUCAAAUGAACAGCAAUUUGUGCAAAGAGUCAAUAGAACAGCUCAAGGAACUGCACAGUGCAAGAUUGAGAAUCAUGGAGCUGAUGCAGUUGGUCCCAUUGACUGAACUAGAAGUUGAAAUGCAGAAUGAAGAAAAAAAUAAAAAAUCAAUACCAACGAUGUUGUCAACGUCUCUUUCUGGUCGACGUGAAAUUUCUCAACCUGUACCAGUACCAGGAGUGUAUACCCCUCCGCGCCAAGUCACACCUGGCACGAAAGGUUCGUCAAGAUUUAUGUCAAGGUCAUAUGUUCAACCUCAUAGCAGUUACAGCUCGACAAAGAGUCACGACACAGGUACUAGGGAAUCCUUGAAUAAGAGUCUUCUAGAACGUCGUAAAGAAAGUUCAAGAUCUUUUGAAAAGAUAACGAGAACGCAGGAUCCCCUGACGAAGAGACUUGGUAAUUCCAGUCGAGACACCGGAAAUAGAUAUUUGAAGAAUACAAGACACUCUAUAGAAACUAAGAGAUACGGGACACGUCCAGGACCUUCAAUAUCAACUGGACCAUCACAUUAUAGAUCCGACUAUCCAGAUCCAAUUGCAACUGGUACCGCACCUAAUGAAACAUCAACCCGUAGAAAACUCUUCUCCUGGAGUAAUCUACUCAAGUGAUAAUUCAAUAAUUGAAAUCAUUAUUCUCAUUGCUACCCCAAAGGACAUGUAGCGCACGUGUCAUCUCAUGGAAUAGUGUUGAUAGUGCCGCCCACUAAUGUUUAAUGUACGCACCUUCCCAAGAUAAUAUAACAUACACAUAUGGUAGAGACCAGCUGAAUUGUAUGUAUAUAUAACUUUGGUGAUUUCAAUGCCAAACAAUUGUUUCUGAACUUUGUAAUUAUACUUAUUAUAAUAUAUGA